AUGCCCCUUUUCGCCCUGGGAGCGCUGGGUACAAGUCCCGGCAAAGGCCAAGGAGUCGGGGAGAGUAUUUCUACUGUCGAGGCUGAAAAUGAAACUUUAAACAGAGCUCAAGAGAAGCAAGUGGAGCGCAGACUGCGUCUGAAGGUAGAUAUUCGACUAUGUACCAUUGCUGGAAUCAUAUGCAGUUUCAACCUGCUAGAUUCCGGCAUCAUUUCCUCAGGCUCGGUAACUAGCAUGACGACCGAUCUCUCGCUGGAGGGAACUCGUUGGAGACAGAUGAUUGUCCUCCGGAUCCUUUUGGGCAUUUCCAAUGUCUGGGGUCUGUCCGGGUCUGACGCUGGAGAGGUUCUAGUUCUGGCAUCUGGGGACAUUAUGAUUUUCGGCUUAAAUCAUCUUGAUGGCCAAGCUGGGCUUGAGGGCGGAGAGAGUAACAGGGAGGAUCCAGAAAGACAGAAAAGACGCACUCCCGGUGCCAUUUUCCGUGUCCAAGAUCCAGGCUCAUUUUCUCGAUUUCAAACUGUACAGAUUCAGUUUUCUCUUCUUCCUCUUGAACCUGGUGUCAACCUCCCUAUCAUACUUUCUGCCAAUCAUCCGGGCAUGGGCUUUGAUGCAAACAAGUCCAUUCUACUUUCUGCACCUCCAUACUACUACGCCGUCAUCCCCGUCCUCCUCACCUCCUUACUGGGGGACAAACUGCGCCUCCGCGGACCCCUCAUCUUCUUUAACUCCCUCAGCUUUAUUGCCGGCUUCCUAAUACUUGGCUUCCCAACUUCCAAGCAAGUCACUGUCCGCUCAAUAGGCACAUUCCUCUCCACGGGUGCGUAUGUUUCCAACUGGGCUGCCCUGAACGCUUACCUGGCGAACAACAUCGUUGGCCAGUGGAAACGGGCCACCGUUGCGGCUUCAGUGACUGCCUCUAAAGGUCUCGGGGGCAUUGCGGACAGUUUUAUUGUGAGAUCUAGCGAGGCGCUGACGUAUGAGACGGCGGUUUGGGUUCUAUUGUGUAACUCCCAUGCGCUGAUGAUUGCAAUUGUCCUCGUUGUUCUCAACGUACUUUUACGUUAUGAAUCAACGACAAAGGGCAAACGAGAAAAUAAUUGA